AUGUCCCAGGGUUACGUGGCCCGUCUAAAGCCACUCCAAGAACGCCCAUAUACCUCACGUCCCUCUAGAACCCAGCAAUUAGCAAAUCCGAAACUGCUACCACCCUUAUCAAGUGAUCUCCCAAAACAACCAUCGCCAACGGGGAACUUAAAUGGGGAUCGAGGCCCAUCCGACAGACAUAAAUCAAGAUCCCGGUCUCGCUCAGUUGCUUCAAACAUAUCCUCAAGCUCAGUUUCCACCAUAUCCACCAAUCGUUCACAAUCCCCGGCCCCAAGAAGAAGAGCCGACCUAUCACCCUCACCAUUUCGGCCAGAGGAACGCAAACGAAAAGCACGGAGAAGCCUAUCGAUAGAAUCAUAUCCAUCAUCCGGGUCUGACGCGGAAUCCCAUUCUCGCGCACGUGGCACGGACCGUCACCUGAGACGCAAAUGGAAUUCACGAAGCCCAGACGAACGGGGGAGACAGCAUGCAUCAGACAGACGAGGUAGCUGGAGGAACAGAUCUAGAAGUAGGAGCAGGAAUAGAAGCAAAAUUGCAAGGGAGAGACGGUCGAUGACGCCCGCGUUAUAUCAAAACGCGACACCAUCGCGGUAUUCGCACAGUCCGGGCCGAAGAUAUAGGAGGUCAUCCCAAGAUUCAAGUCCCGAGAGAUCUAGGCUCAGGCAGCGGGAACGUUCCGCCUCCAGGGAGAAGCCAAGGGACAGGCCAGCCGCCGCGCAUACCGCCCCUCCACCCAAAAGACGAAGCUUGAGCCCGUACAGCCAUGAACAGAACAUGAGACGGUCAUUCCAAGGCGAUCAGGUUCCGCGACUUUUCCAUUCAUGGCAUUUCGCCUUCUUUUCACGUUGUCCCCAUCGCCUUCACAAGCGCGUUUUCGGUGCGGAGGGGUCUUUUUCAUUACCGUACCAAGGAUAA